ACGCUCCGGCGAUGGGGCGGGCGGCGGGCAGAGGCCGGCGGGGCCGGGGCCGGGGCCGGGCGAGCGGGCGCCCCUCCGCGGGGCGUGAAGGGCUGAGGCGAGGCGGCGCCUCGGGCAAGGCGCGGCGCUCGCCUCGGGGUGCAGAGGGCGGCUGUCACCUCCCGCCGCGGGGAUGAGCGCCUCGGCGGCCACCGGCGUAUUUGUCCUCUCCCUCACCGCCAUCCCCGUCACGUACCUCUUCAACUGCCUGGCGGCCGGCGGCAGAGAAAUGCCGAAUAACACAUGCUGACUUACUUGAUUCGUUGCCAAUAUUUAUUUCAAACUGAUAGACCGCAGUGAAAAGUCACUGCAAUAUUAACAGCUGUAAUGGUAUGAAGAAAUUCAUCACUGGAAAAACAGACUAGCAGAAGAUUCAAACCGUAAAAUAAAUCAACAAGCUAGUACUGCUCAUCCUGACUCAGAAAAUGAUCACAUGUGAAAAGACAGGCACAUAAAUUCUGCAAAACUAUAAAAUGAAUACUAUGACAGACUACGUGAUGGGCUUUAAAAACAGCCUUUUAAAGUAUUAAAAGUUACUGUAAGAGUACGUGCAUUUGAGGAUAGCUGUUCCUGGGCAAUUGUUGCAGUUGGAUUGCUGGUUCUGGUUUUUAUUGCUCUGUUGGCUCGUGUUCUUGUCAAAAGAAAACCUCCAAAAGACCCGCUGUUUUAUGUUUAUGCUGUAUUUGCCUUUACCAGUGUGGUAAAUCUAAUAAUUGGACUGGAACAGGAUGGAAUUAUUGAUGGAUUCAUGACUCAUUACCUGAGAGAGGGUGAACCAUAUCUGAACACUGCCUAUGGCCAUGUGAUCUGCUAUUGGGAUGGCUCCGUUCAUUAUCUGAUGUAUCUGUUGAUGGUGGCAGCUAUUGCAUGGGAACAAAGCUAUAGAACCAUUGGCCUCUACUGGCUAGGUUCCAUUAUCAUGAGCAUCAUUGUCUUUAUGCCUGGAAACAUUGUGGGCAAAUAUGGAACGAAAGUGUGUCCUGCUUUUUUCUUAAGCGUACCAUAUAUUUGCCUUCCCAUAUGGGCUGGGUUCCGAAUUUAUAACCAACCUUCGGUGACUCACGACACUCCAGUCAAGGUGGUUCAGGAAGUCCAGAAGAAAGGACUCUUAAGACGACCAAUAGAUUUACUCCUAGCUGCAUACCUCAUUCUAGCAACGGGGUUUUGCAUAUUUAGGGGCAUGAUUGCUCUGGAUUGCCCUGCUGAACUCUGCCGGCUAUAUAUUCAACUUCACGAGCCUUAUAUAAAAGAUCCUGCUGCCUAUCCUAAGCUUCAGAUGCUGGCAUACAUGUUCUACUCUGUGCCAUACUAUGUGAUUGCUCUGUAUGGCCUACUGGUGCCUGGUUGUUCCUGGAUGCCCGAUUUAACCCUUAUACAUGCUGGAGGACUAGCUCAGGCUCAAUUUUCCCAUAUUGGUGCUUCUCUUCAUGCUCGAACUCCUUACAUCUACAGAGUCCCUGAAGAAGCAAAACAGUUUUUUCUGAUACUGAACGUAAUGUAUGGGAUUCUUCCCCAGCUGCUGGCUUACCGGUGUGUCAACAAGCCAGAGUUUUUUAUGAAAACAAAACAAGAAGAAAAAAUGGAAUAGCACGACUGUUUUCUGCUCCUCUUUUUGGCUAUGUAUAUAAUUGGGUUGGGAUGUAAUUGAACUGCUUAAA